AUGAAUAAUAUGACACACCCUCACACCUCUAACGUUUUCUCCAUCUAUCUCGACUCAGUCAACGAGUGCACUGCUCUUGGCGUCCCCUUCGUCCCAGCGUGCCUGUCACAGAAGAAAAAACGGAAUCGGGAAUCCAACAGAGAGGAGCCUUAUCAUAAUCAGAAGACAUUCUGGGCGCCGGACGAGAGUGAAGGAAGUGAGAGUGACAACUCGGAUGACAGUAUGAGUGACCUGUAUCCAGAACAUCUCUUUAGCAGAAAAGACGACUCAAGGACAGAGUUGCUGCUGAACAAGGGCAUAGUGACAGUGAGAAGAUGGAGGUCGAGACACAAUUGCCAAGGAAACGGAAAAAGACACAUCCACACCCAUUUACAAAGAAGAAAUUGAAGGAAGGGGCCCCUCAAAGACCCAACAGCCGUGGCAAGUUUAAGACGAGUCAGAAAGCUGGAAAUCGGAACUGAUUCUUGGAACAGCC